AUGUAUCAAUGCGUUCGACGCAGCUCAAGCCAAAGCCAGCCUCGAAUUGAUUCAGUGCGUCGUAAAGCGGAGCCCCAGUCUCAACACGCCCAAGGCGGUGCGUCUUGCCGCUCAGAACCAAAAUCAGGUUUGUAUGCGGUGGCUCCUUGGCAAUUUGACAAGCUCGACGCCGAUUUGGUGGCGACUUUGGUCGGUAAAUACGGCUACUCGGAGGUGUUGGCGGUUCAAACGGAGAGCAAUCGGCUGGCUGCAGUCGCCUCUGCUGCACGCGAUGGUAAGCUUGACGUCAUGAAGCAGCUUUUCAAGGGGGAUCGAGAACGCUUUACGGGCACGCAGCGGAUCAUUCGCGCAGCUGUACAGAGUGGCCACAAGGGCGUCGUGCAGUGGCUGCGCCAGCACGUCGACUUUGAGGAACGCUACGCUUGGACUUUCAGUCCGAGAGUCGGUCGUACCAGACCUCGGGGUGAAGACGAUAUGCCUUUCGGCAUGCAGAUGUUGUUGGGGUUUGGACGCCGCCGCCUCAUGUAG